AUGGUAGAUACGCUCAUAUUCAAACAAUUUCAAGAAAUCAAAUCUUUAAUACAGAACAGCAAAAAAGAAUUAAAAGAAGACAUUAAAACGGUGAGAGAGGAUUUGUCAAUUCAAACGGAAGUUCUAAAGGAGAGUAUUACUGUAAUACAAAGUAUCAGAAACGGAACAAGAGUGGCGGAGUAUCCAGUGAGAAUUCUAUACCCGCUGGAAUUUUCCCAAUUGUUUGGGAGCGAUCGAUGCAUUAUCUUGAUGGCAGUCGUAGAUGCAAAUUAUUGUUUGUCGUACAUAGAUGUUGGUACCAAUGGUCGUGUUAAUGAUGCUAGAGUAUUCUCGAAAUCGUCUUUCUAUGAGGCUAUGGAACAAAAUAUUCUUCAUUUACCCUCAAAUGGAGUAUUUGUAGCAGAUGAUGCGUUUCCAUUAAGAACCAACAUUUUAAAACCCUACAGUAGAUCUGGACCAAUAACAGAAUGUCAACAAAUAUUCAAUUAUCGCUUAUCAAGAGCACGACGAAUCGUUGAAAAUGCCUUUGGUAUACUAACUUCCAGAUUUAGAAUAUUCGAGAAACCGAUUCCGCUAGCUACAAAUCACUAUAUUACACCUGGAAACGUUGAUACCGAGGAUAUAACUGUAGGCCGUGUUACCAAAGGCUCAUGGCGUGAUGCUCAGAUUCACGGAAUAGCACCUUUAAACUACGUUAAGAAACAGGAGCCUGAUGAUUAUAAAAAUUACUUCAGAAUGAAUGGCGAAAUAUAUGAUCUAUUGCUUCAUUUGGUCAGUCCUUAUAUUACCAAAGAAAACACGAAUAUGCGGGAAGCUAUACCAGCAACUGAAAGAUUUGCCGUCACACUUAGAUUUUUGGCAACAGGAAGAUCCUUUGAGGACUUAAAAUUUUCAACAAUAAUUUCACCAACAACCAUUAGUGAAAUAGUUAUGGAUACUUGUGAAGCCAUAAUUCGAGUUUUAAAGGACUACAUCAAGCUUCCAAGAACUCAAGAUGAAUGGAGAAAUGUCGCAUUAGAAUUUGGUAGAAAAUGGCAGUUUUGGAAUUGCAUUGGCGCUGUUGACGGAAAACACAUUAAUAUUGUGAAACCAGCAAAUUCCGGUUCUCGUUACUUUAAUUACAAAGGAUACUUUAGUAUAGUGCUGAUGGCUAUAGUCAACGCUAAUUACGAAUUUAUGUUGGUAGACUGCGGAACAAACGGAAGAGUUUCGGAUGGUGGAGCUAUUCACAAUACAACAUUUUGGGAAUUGUUUCAAAAUAAUUUGUUAGACAUUUCAGAACCUUCAAGUAUACCACAUACUAACACCAAAUACCCUUACGUUUUUCUAGGAGAUGAUGCUUUUCAAAUGGGUAAUAAUUUCCUGAAACCAUAUAAUCGUGAACAUGCAACACGAACCGACCGCAUAUUUAAUUACCGACUCUCUAGAGCCCGGAGAGUUGUAGAGAAUGCAUUUGGUAUACUUGUAACAAGAUUUGGAAUAUUUCAAAAACCCAUAAAAUUGUCCCCGGAGAAAGUCGCGACUAUUACAAUAGCUUGUUGCUAUUUACAUAAUUUUUUAAUGCGAAAAGGAUCUGUUGAUUAUUAUAAAAAUACUUUAAUAUCUGAGAAUAUAACCACUGGGCAAUGUGACACAGGAUGUGACAGAACGGAAUUUACACUAACAGGACUUAAACAUGGAUUAUUUAGAAACCCUACUAACAGAGCAAAGGAAAUCAGAGAUCUCUAUCGAAAUUAUUUUAAUCAAGAAGGACAAGUAGAUUGGCAAAAUACUGUUAUAUAG